CUGCUCUUCACCUGCCUGUCCCCACAGCAGACAGACUGGACGGAGCCCUGGCUCGUGGGGCUCCUGGUCUUCCACCUGCUGUGCCUGCUCCUCACCUGCUUCUCCUCUCAGAGGUACAAACUACAGAUUGGACAUUUCCUGUGCCUAGUGGCGUUGGUCUACUGUGCUGAGUAUAUCAAUGAAGUGGCUGCAGUGCACUGGAGGUCGUUUUCAAAGCACCAGUAUUUUGACUCCAGGGGGAUGUUCAUUUCUCUCGUGUUCUCGGCACCGCUGCUGCUCAACGCGAUGGUCAUUGUGAUAAUGUGGGUUCACAAGACUUUGAAUGUGAUGACUGAACUGAAGAACUUGCAGGUGAAAAGAAAGGAGAGGAAGAGGAGGAGAAAAGAGGAGUAACUGAGGAGCUGAUUUCAAUCUGGGUUAGGUUUUCCAGUGCCACACCAAACCACACAUGGCGUGGGCCUCCUGUCAGCAGCUGGACUUGGGGCUCGGAAACUGGCUUUUCUGUUUGAUGCCCACAGUGAUGGAGCACCUGCAAAGCCGCCUCUUAACACCAGCGUGGAUCUGUGUCUUCAGGAUGUGUCUUUAGCUGUGUGGCCGAGCCUCAGGGCCUCAUCAUCUUCAUGGUUAGGAACUGGAGUCACAAGAGCGCUCACUCGGUGUCCCGUGUGGGAGCUGACAGAUACACAACCGUGCUUGGAGCGCCUUCACGCUGUGCCCACGGCAGGUCUGCCUCCCGGGCCGGCACUUGCUCUUCACUGGAGGGAGAGAUGCUGCUGGAAUUCCACAGGCACCGGUGGCCUCACAGCGGCUGUCUGCCCACGGUGUCAGCCAUGCCCAGGCUGACUCCACGUCCUGUCCCUGUGAGGCAGGUGGGAUUAAGUCAGGACUUGAUUUUGUCCUCCUCACGUGGAUUCGGGGCCCUGGCGGUCUCCACCCUGGCUUCGGUGGGUGCAGACUGACUGUUUCUUCCUCCGGUGUUGGUCUUUCUUCCUCCGCUGCGGGCCAAGGUACACUCAGCGGCACCUCUGCCACGUGCGCUUGGGACUUGAACCCGGGGCAGUAGCUGAGGAUGACAGGGACUGGAGGCUCAAGCACAAAUCGUGUUCAGUUAGGGAAUGUUGCGGACCCUUAAUUUUGGUGUAGAGCAAUAAUUUGUAACAGAACGUGAAUAGGAUUAUUGUUCCUAGGUGAAACACUGUUCCAGGUGGUAUAGGAAGUAGGCAGGUGGAAGUGUAUUUGGAAGGUUAAAAGUCGGCAGUUUGGUACAUUACAAAACGGCUGAGCCAUGCGCGCAUUUCUUUCUGUGUUUUUUGUGGUUUCAGCCUCUAGUGGGGACUGUUGAUUGUAGAGAUGAGUUGGUAGAACCUUCCUGAUAGAGACACUGGAGCUUUUCACCUGAAAUUUUUCCCAGCCCUUUCUUGAUUUGUUUGCCUAGCCAGGCCCUGGAUUCCAUUCUCUCACAUAAUGGUGUUUAGUCAAAUACUUUAUUAUUUAUUUUUAUUUUUUUUGCUAGACUUAGAUCUUGAACUCUGGGCCUGGGCGUAGUCCCUGAGCUUCAAUGCUCAAGACUUGCGCUCUGCCACUUGAGCCACAGUGUCACUGCUGGCUUCUUCUGAAUCAUUUACUGGAGAUGAAAGUCUCAUAGACA